CAAAUAAAUAAUUGUACGAAAACACAGAAUCAGUCAUAAAAAAUGAACAAUAGCUACUUACUAAGAUAAAAUAAACUAGACUAGCCAAAUCCUGGACACAGUGGUUUAUGCUCUCUACAUGAUCUUGGAUGACCUGACAGAGAACUGCAAUCAACCAAGUAAUGCUUUCCCAUUGACUGUAAACAUACGGUCACAUUUACAGUCAUUAAGUUUUCCAUUGCAGCCGCCUAAAAAAAUAUUAAAUACACAAUAAAAUCCUCUAACUAAACUUUGUUUUUUAAAGAAACAGAUCUUAACAUGUAUUUAGCCUCUAUGGAAAAAUAUAAUUUGCGACCGCGAAGCAUUGUGGGAUAGAUGAGGAUCUUUCCCCUCGGGAAGGAUGUCCCGGUUCUGCCUUCAGACGAGAUCAAACUAUUAAUGGCUGCCGCUUCAAUAUCGAUCAUUGGUGUAAAAAGACGAAUAUAUAAUGAAAACUUUUAAAGAAAGGCUCAGGAAUCGUGCUGGUGAUCCGUGGAGUUAGCUCGGACCCGCCCGCUGCAGAAACAGGAAGUUUCCUUUUAUGGAGCGUAGGGUGUCAGUACAACUUCCGGUUCGCUGUGAGUUGGAAGGGAAGUUUUUAUCCUGAAGAAAAAUCCCUAAAAUCCUGAAACCCUGCUCCACAGAAGAACGAAAGAUGUCCAAGUCCCUGAGGAAGAUCGUGGACGAGAGUCGAGACAAGAGUCUCCCCGAGGUGGACAUGUCCGACCGGGGCAUCUCCAACAUGCUGGACGUCCCGGGACUGUUCACGCUGUCUCACAUCACCCAGCUGGUCCUGAGUCACAACAAGAUCACAGCUGUUCCUGCUAACAUCUCUGAGCUGAAGAACCUGGAGGUUCUGAACAUGUUCAACAACCAGAUUGAAGAACUGCCCACUCAGAUCAGCAGUCUACAGAAGCUCAAGCACCUGAACCUGGGCAUGAACCGUCUGAGCGGUUUGCCAAGAGGAUUCGGUUCCCUUCCUGCUCUGGAAGUUCUUGACCUGACGUACAACAACCUGAACCAAGGCUCUCUGCCAGGAAACUUCUUCUACCUGACCACCCUGCGUGCCCUUUAUCUAAGCGACAAUGACUUUGAGGUUCUUCCUGCGGACAUCGGAAAGCUGACCAAGCUGCAAAUACUGAGUCUUCGGGAUAACGAUCUGAUCUCCCUGCCCAAAGAGAUCGGCGAGCUGGCUCAGCUCAAAGAGCUCCACAUUCAGGGCAACAGGCUGACCGUCCUGCCUCCAGAGCUGGGGAAUCUGGAUCUGACUGGUCCUAAACAGGUUUUCAAGGCCGAGAACAAUCCAUGGGUCACUCCCAUCGCAGACCAGUUCCAGCUCGGCGUCUCGCACGUCUUUGAAUACGUUCGCUCAGAGACGUACAAGUAUCUCUAUGGCAGACACAUGCAAGCCAAUCCAGAGCCUCCCAAGAAGAACAACGACAAGAGCAAGAAGAUCAGCCGCAAACCUCUGGCUGCAAAGAACAAGUGAGGAGGAGCUGCAGGAGGAGGAGGAGCUACAGGAGGAGGAGGAGCUACAGGAGGAGGAGGAGCUGCAGGAGGAGGAGCCGCAGGAGGAGGAGGAGCUGCAUGUGCCUUCAGUGCUUCUCACAGCAGAUCACAUGGACAGACUGUCUGCUAACCGCCUUUGAACACUUUUUUGCCCUCAGCAGUUUGAUGCUUUGUUUUCUCCCAUGGCGGGGGGGGUUCCUACAGAGGGAAGACAGUGGCAUCACAGAACCCCGAGGACGGGGUUUGACGUUUGGGUUCUCUAAGUGCUGGAAGAGCAUCAGGCUCACUUACUACACAUUCAAUCACAUCUGUCAGGAAUUGCACAGAACCCCUUUUUUAACCAAAUUUGGGCUCAGGUGUUGGUUUAAACGUCGGGCCUGGAGUCCAGUGGUGUCUGGCUUCCACUCAUCAACCUUGAUUUUGAGGGUUUGACAGAAACCCACCUUCCUGCUGAACGGGCAGCAGCAGAUGACGCCCAGCGGGGCUGUGAGGCUGCUGGCGUUCAUUAUCAGAUGACUGAAGGGAGCCUGUGACGUCACAGGCGUGUUCCCCUGUGACGUCACAGGCGUGUUCCCCUGUGACGUCACAGGCGUGUUCCCCUGUGACGUCACAGGCGUGUUCCCCUGUGACGUCACAGGCGUGUUCCCCUGUGACGUCACAGGCGUGUUCCCCUGUGACGUCACAGGCGUGUUCCCCUGUGACGUCACAGGCGUGUUCCCGCCCACUCCCAUCACGACUGAAGUUUCUGUUGACUGAAAUUCCACAGAAACUAGAGAUGUGUUUUGGUUGAUUCCUGGUGUGUCAGUGUUGAAACGUAAACCUUUUUUUUUAAAGACACCAAUUCUGUCCCGACUAAACGUCAAUGAGAUUACAGUGGAGCGUUGUUUACCCCCCCGUCACUGCAGACAGCUGAUGCAGGAGUCUAAGCGGGACUUUCGGCAUUCUGGCGUUCAGUGUGGGAGGAGCCAACGGUUCCUCCACAGCAUCCUGAAUGUAGAGGGUUCUGUCUUCUCUCUGUACACCUUCCUGCCUGUCCUUCGACCAAAGGGUCCGCCUCCGGGCCUUUCCAGAACACUGACUGAACCCAUCCAGGAAGCCAGCAGAAGGCUCAUCCUCUACAUGUUGAAGUAUUUCUGCUGUCUAGCGUGAGGCGCUGACACAUGAGCCUGAAAGAGUCCACUUUGUGCAGCUAAGAGACAGGGCAGCUCUUCUGUAAGGACCUGUUUGGCAUUGACAGCCGUGUGCUGGCUGACAUCUGACCUCUGCCUUAAGCUUCACUGUCCACGUUUCACCUUUCAGUGUGUUACUCACCAAAUAAAGUCAUGUAAAGCACGA